CAGCGGGUUCACACCGGGGAGAGGCCAUUCACUUGCUCAGACUGUGGGAAGGGAUUCACUCGGUCAUCUAACCUAAUGGCACACCAGCAAAUUCACACCGGGGAGAGGCCGUUCACCUGUUCAGACUGUGGGAAGGGAUUCACCUGCUCAUCCCAACUGAAGGUGCAUCAGCGAGUUCACACCGGGGAGAGGCCGUUCACCUGCUCAGAAUGUGGGAAGAGAUUCACUUGGUCAGCCCAAAUGAAGGUACAUCAGAGAGUUCACACUGGAGAGAGGCCGUUCAUCUGCUCGGACUGUGGGAAGGGAUUCAUUUGCUCAUCCCAGCUGAAGGUACACCAGUCAGUUCACACUGGGGAGAGGCUGUACACUUGCUCAGUCUGUGGGAAGGGAUUCACCCGGUCAUCUCAGUUACUGAGACACCAGUCAGUUCACACUGGUGAGUGGCUGUUCACCUGCUCAGACUGUGGGAAGGGAUUCACUGAAUCAUCUCAACUGGAGGUACAUCAGAGAGUUCACACUGUAGAGAGGCCAUUCACCUGCUCAGACUGUGGGAAGGGAUUCACUCGUUCAUCCGACCUACUGGCACACCAACGAGUUCACACCGGGGAGCGGCCAUUCACCUGCUCAGACUGUGGGAAGGGAUUCACUCGGUCAUCUGACCUACUGGCACACCAGCGAAUUCACACCGGGGAGCGGCCAUUCACCUGCUCAGACUGUGGGAAGGGAUUCACUCGGUCAUCUAAGCUGAAGGUACAUCAGCGAAUUCACACUGGGUAGAGGCUGAUCACCUGCUCAGACUUCGGGAAAAGAUUUUCUCAGCCAAAUCAACCAAGUGUGCAUCAUUGAGUUCUUACCGGGGAGUGUCUGUUCACCUGCUGUGAAUGUGAGAAGCUGGCCAAACCUGACUGGAAGGGGAAUCUGGUAGGAAUGACGAUGGAGCAGCAAUGGCUGGAGUUUCUGGGAGCAACUCGGGAGCUGAGUGAUCGAUACAUCCCAAAGAAGUGGAAGCAUUGGAAAGGCAGGAGGACACAACUGUGGCUGAAAUGAGAAGCCUAAGCCAACAUAAAAGCCAAAGAGAGGGCAAAUAAUAGAGCAAAAAACAUUGGGAAGCUUUUAGAAACCAACAGAAGGCAACUAAAGCAAGUCAGAUGAGCUCAGGGUGUGGGAGUAUGAUAUUGUAGUCAUUAAUGUGUCUUGAUAGCACCCAACAGCCUGAGGAAUUUAGAGGAACAAAAUAUCCGGGGCCACGAUAUCUCUUGAAAACCAAGGUUCCCUGCACCAGUUACCUUUCAACUUUUAUUUUGGUAGGCACAUACAAACUCUGCACCCUCAAAAUUUCACUUCUGAAGAACCCCCACUUACCAAGUACUCCUUUGCAGAAAACAGCCUGUCCCAGUCCACACUUUUCAAAUCCUUGCAAAUACCAUAAACAUUGAUCUUUCUCCAAUCUAGAAUCUCAAGAGAGGUCCAGACCUCUGUUUUUCCGUACUUACUUGGAAUCUCAUGGCAUUAUGAUCACUAGACACAAAGUGUUCCCAUUCACUAAUUUCUGUCACCAGCCCUGGAGCAGUUCCCAACAGCUUAUUGUACACUUCUACGCCGGAUGUUUUAUGUACUGAUUAAGGAGCAUUUGACAAACUCUACCCCAUCUAGUCCUUUUACAGUAUGGGAGUCCCAGUCAAUAUAUGGAAAGUUAAAAUCACUUACUAUAUCAACUAUUGUUUCUUGGUAUAGUCUGUGAACUCUCUAAAAAUUUGUUCCUCUAGAUCCCUCAGACUGUUGGGUGCAACCAAUUCCCAGUAAUGCCCACGAUAUCACAAUUCCAUGCCCUGGGCUCAUCUGGCUUUCCUGCGAUGCUUCUUGCAUCGUGAUUUCCACAGCUCCACGCAUUCAUCGCACCAGGCUCAAGCAUUUGAUUACUGACUCUAUCUGAGCUCUGAACAACAUCUGUCUGGUGUCAAGAAAGCAACCUGUCCCUCAAUGUCAGGAAAACAUCUGACGCUGAAUUUUGUGGUGAGGAUGCAGGAAAGGUUUUCUUCUGAUGACUCUCCAUGCAGGUCAUAUUUGUGCAGGUGUCACUGCACAGUAGAACAGUGCACCACCACUCCAGAGUCUGCUAAAUCCCCCUGAAUGUUUUUUACAGUCAAACAGGGGUUUUGAUUUGCCUUUCUAGCAAUCCUACGAGUAGUUCUCCCAAAAAGUUUUCUUGGUCUUCCAGACAUCAACUUGACCUCCACCGUUCCUGUUAAAUGCCAGUUCUUACUUACAUUAUGUACUGAGGAAACGGCGACCUGAAAAUGCUUUGCUAUCUUCUUAGAGCCUUCUCCUGCUUUGUGGGCAUCAUUUAUUUUAACUUUCAGAGUGCUCAGCGGCUGCUUAGAGGAGCCCAUGGCUGCUGAUUGUUGGGACAAGGUUGGAGGAGUCAGGGUAUUUAUAAAACUUUGCAAUUUGUACAGCCUGGCCUGUCCUAAUGAUGAUUGCAAACAAGCCAUAGCCCUAACAAGCUAAUUCAGAUCUGAGACCUCGGUAAAAUUUAACUGAGAGCUCAAAUCUCUUGGGGUGCCUGAACUUUUCCAUGGUGCUCCUUUCCCUUUUUUCUCCCACUCUAAAAUUGUACAAAACAGAAAUAAUACACUAAACUCCUGAUGAAGGGUUUUGGCCUGAAACGUUGUCACUACCUCCUCCCAU